CCUGAAAGUUAAAGCCAAAAAGACGGAGGCUAUAAAUACCUUAAUUUAGAAACGUGUACUCAGCGGCGCUGACAAGCAGGUUAGGGUUGGACAAGAAGGGUUUUGCGCGUUAACCAGCAUAAACCCAGAUCCCGGCAAUGGCACAAGAGGCGCAAAAUCGCGAAAAGUUUCGUCAAGCUGUGUUGAAUACUCUUGAACGACAUUUUUUUUACAAGCCAUCGUUCAAGAUCUACAGAGGUGUUGCUGGGUUUUUCGAUUAUGGCCCUCCGGGUUGUGCAGUCAAGGCCAAUGUUUUGGCCUUUUGGCGUCAGCAUUUUAUUCUCGAAGAAAACAUGCUAGAAGUAGACUGUCCUUGCGUGACACCAGAGGUUGUGCUAAAGGCAUCUGGUCAUGUUGACAAGUUCACAGACCUGAUGGUCAAGGACGAAAAAACAGGCACCUGUUACCGUGCUGAUCAUUUGAUCAAGGAUUAUUGCAAACACAGGCUUGAAAGAGAUGCUAGCCUCACUGCUGAGAAGACAGCAGAGUUCAGACAUGUUAUUGCUGCAUUGGAUGAUCUUUCACCUGAAGAAAUAGGUGCAAAGAUUCAGGAAUAUGGGAUUACUGCUCCAGACACCAACAACCCACUCUCUGCUCCCUAUCCUUUUAACUUGAUGUUUCAGACUUCAAUAGGUCCAUCUGGUCUGACUCCUGGGUAUAUGCGACCUGAAACCGCUCAAGGUAUUUUUGUUAACUUCAAGGACUUGUACUAUCACAAUGGGAGCAAGCUUCCAUUUGCUGCUGCUCAAAUUGGUCAAGCUUUUAGGAAUGAGAUAUCACCACGCCAAGGUCUUCUAAGGGUUCGUGAGUUCACUCUGGCUGAGAUUGAACAUUUUGUUGACCCUGAAGACAAGUCUCACCCAAAAUUUUCUGAAGUUGCAAGCUUAGAGUUCUUGAUGUUUCCAAGGGAAGACCAAGUGUCUGGACAGUCUGCAAGGAGAAUAGUCAUUGGUGAAGCAGUUGCUCAGGGAAUUGUCAACAAUGAAACACUUGGCUACUUUAUAGGGAGAGUAUAUCUGUUCCUGACUAACUUGGGAAUUGAUAAAGACCGGUUACGUUUCCGACAACAUUUGGCGAAUGAGAUGGCACAUUAUGCUGCAGACUGUUGGGAUGCUGAGAUUGAAUCUUCUUAUGGCUGGAUUGAAUGUGUUGGUAUCGCUGAUAGAUCUGCAUAUGAUUUGCGUGCCCAUAUGGAUAAAAGUGGCGUACCUCUUGUGGCUCAUGAAAAAUUUGCAGAACCUAAAGAAGUGGAGAAACUUGUUAUAACUCCAAUUAAGAAGGAGUUGGGCCUUGCAUUUAAGGGGAAGCAGAAGAUGGUGGUGGAAGCACUGGAGGCCAUGGGGGAAAAAGAAGCAAUGGAAAUGAAAGCUGCUUUGGAGUCCAAAGGAGAGGUGGAUUUCCAUGUAUGCACUCUCGAAAAGGAUGUCACUAUAAGGAUGAACAUGUUGACAAUCUCCAAGGAAAAGAAAAAAGAACAUCAAAGGGUCUUCACCCCUUCUGUGAUUGAACCAUCCUUUGGUAUUGGAAGGAUAAUCUACUGUUUGUAUGAGCACUCGUUCUAUACAAGACCAAGUAGAGAUGGGGUUGAACAGUUGAAUGUUUUUCGUUUUCCGCCACUGGUAGCACCUAUAAAGUGUACUGUUUUCCCCUUGGUUCAGAAUCAACAAUAUGAGGAAGUUGCUCGACGCAUUGCCAAGUCAUUGAAAGCUGCUGGGAUACUUAAUACAAUUGAUGCAACAGGUACAUCGAUAGGUCGGCGAUAUGCCAGAACAGAUGAACUAGGUGUCCCCUUUGCCAUUACAGUAGAUUCAACAACCUCGGUGACAAUACGGGAGAGGGAUAGCAAGAAGCAGAUCCGUGUGAGCAUAGAGGAGGCUUCAUCUGUGGUGAAGGCGGUGACUGAGGGUCUGAGCACGUGGAAUGAUGUACUGUGCAAAUACCCAACCCAUUCAUCUUAAUUGGGCUGGCCUUCGUGGAAGGGGAUUAUAAUCCCUUCUCUUUAUUCUAACCUCUCUAAUGUUUUAUACUGAGGGUGCUCAUUUUUUGUCCGUAAGGGCAAUGUUUACCGGUGUAUAGAAUGAUGGGAUAAUCUAGGUAGUUAAGUAGGUAGUUAAGUGUUUAUCCUAUCUUGUCCCAAGUCCUGAUUCGACAAAUUAAGACAUUAUUUUAUCACAAAAAAUCAUAUCUUGACACAAUUUUUGGACAUUCCACAUGAA